ACUUUCCCGAGAGGAGCGCGGGCGCCAGUUGCCUCCUUUUAAAGUUUGAGGGGCGGUGGUGGCGGCGGCCGGCAGGCGCGGGGGAACACAGGGGCCGCUACGGGAGCCGCGCCGCCGCCCAUGUCAUUCCACUUCAAGUGACUUCAUGUGAUGUCAGCUGAAUGUAAAAGACAGUGAUCUCACGCGGAGGGGAAGAUGUUUGCCAUCAAAAUGUGACAGAAGAGACACGCUGCAUGGCUCGGAACGCAUCUCCUUGGUGGUGGGGGAAAGAGACUUAGAGGAGAGAGGCUGCGCCCUGGCCCAGCCUGGCUCGGCUCAGCUCCGCGCGCCAUGGCAAGCUCGGCUUCCCUGGAGACCAUGGUGCCCCCGGCCUGCCCGCGCGCCGGAGCGUCGCCGGCCACUUCCAAGACACUGGCCUUUUCCAUCGAGCGCAUCAUGGCCAAGACGUCGGAGCCCCGUGCGCCCUUUGAGCCCCGGCCUGGAGCGCUAGAGGCGGACGGCAGCCAGGGCAAGAAACUGCUCAACCUCUGCUCGCCGCUGCCCUGUAUGAUCCCCCUCCAGCCCCUAGGCUACGAGGUGCCGUCAAAGACACUGCUCAGUUACUCGGAGCUCUGGAAAAGCAGCCUCCGGGCGGGCGGCGGCGGAGGCGGCGGCGGCGGUGGCGGCGGCGGCGGGGGGGCCCCAGUGUGCGGCGCCAGCGGCUUGUGCAAAACCAACUGUGGCGUGUGCUGCAAGGCCGAGCUGGGCCUGGCGCCGUCCGCGCUGCCCGCGGGCAGGGUCAUCAAGCCGCAGGUCAUCAACCAGGCUGUGGGGCUGCCGGCCAGCGGCUCGCUCUACUACUUCAACUACCUGGACUCGACCGCGUACCCGCCGUCUGAGCUCCUCAGCGGCCACCUCUUCCCGUCUGGCCUCCUCAAUGCGCAGGCCCCCGCCGCCCUGGCUGCUCACCCCAAGCUCUUUCUGCUGGAGAACGCCAAGCUGGCCGGCCUGGCUGCGGACAAGUUCCCCCAUCCGGCUCCCUAUCCCCAUAAGGAGCGCUUGCCGGCGCCGCUGGAGCAGGUACUGAAGGAAAACUCGGCCCUGACUGCCGAGCGCGGAGGCGUCAAGGGCCACAGCAAGCUGCCAGGAGGCUCCGCAGAUGGCAAGCCCAAAAACUUCACCUGCGAGGUGUGCGGCAAGGUGUUUAACGCUCACUAUAAUCUCACCCGCCACAUGCCGGUCCACACCGGAGCCAGACCGUUCGUGUGCAAAGUCUGCGGCAAAGGCUUUCGCCAGGCCAGCACGCUCUGCAGGCACAAAAUUAUCCACACCCAGGAAAAGCCACAUAAAUGCAACCAGUGCGGCAAAGCGUUCAACCGCAGCUCCACGCUCAACACGCAUAUCCGCAUCCACGCGGGCUACAAGCCCUUCGUCUGCGAAUUUUGCGGCAAAGGCUUUCACCAAAAAGGGAACUACAAGAACCACAAGCUGACCCACAGCGGCGAGAAGCAGUACAAAUGUACCAUCUGCAACAAGGCCUUCCACCAGGUCUACAACCUAACCUUCCAUAUGCACACCCACAACGACAAGAAGCCUUUCACGUGCGCCACUUGCGGCAAAGGGUUUUGCAGAAACUUUGACUUAAAGAAACAUGUGCGCAAACUCCACGACAGCGUGGGCCCUGCUGCCCCCUCCGCAAAGGACCUGACUAGGACAGUGCAGAGCUGAGAGCUACUGCCUUGCCCUUCCUUCCCUCCCUGUACCACCUGAAAACAGAUCACACAUAUAAACUUAUUUCUAAAAUUAAAAGAAAAAAAAAACUAUAGCAGAGAGGCUAAAAUCUAUUUAUCGAAACCAGCAUAUUUUUGGAAAGCUAAAUGUUUCCUCGAUGACUGGCAGCAAACUCGUGGCCCCCACCUUUGUAUAUUCAGGAAACUUAUUUAAAUCCAGUGCGCCGAAACGUAUUUAAUUCCAGGCCUCCGCUUCUCCUGGGGCAGCCAAUUUUAACCCCAGCCUGUCACCGUGAGCGCCCCAGAAGAGCGCGGCGCCCCUAGCCAUCUUUAUACAGCCAUGUAAAUCCUCCUGUACAAGCGAACACGGAAUAUAUACAUAUAUAACUCAAUAAACAGAAUCAUUAGU